AUGGGGACCCGGGACGACGAGUAUGACUACCUAUUUAAAGGUGCGACCGGCGGGCCCAGACCCACGAGGGUGAUGCAGAGAUGUGGCACCAGGCGGGUCAGGGCCGCGCUCUGGAGCGGUGAGGCCGAAGGUGGAGUUCGGGGGUUGAGGCCUGGCAGGUACCACCGUGGUGCGGUGGGUGCACUGCCAGUAUAUGACAUUGCCAAGCACCUGACAUAUGAGAAUGUAGAGCGCUGGCUAAAGGAGCUGCGGGACCAUGCAGACAGCAACAUCGUCAUCAUGCUGGUGGGCAACAAAAGUGACCUACGCCACCUGCGGGCUGUGCCCACUGACGAGGCCCGCGCCUUUGCAGAAAAGAACAAUUUAUCCUUCAUUAAGACCUCAGCCUUGGAUUCUACCAACGUAGAGGAAGCAUUCAAGAACAUUCUCACAGAAAUCUACCGCAUUGUGUCACAGAAGCAAAUUGCUGACCGUGCAGCUCAUGAUGAGUCCCCUGGCAAUAAUGUGGUGGACAUCAGCGUGCCACCCACCACUGAGGGACAGAAGCCCAACAAGUUGCAGUGCUGCCAGAACCUGUGACUACCCCACAUCUCCACCUUCACCCAGCGUGCGUGCAAGGCUGGUCUCGGCCCACCCUUCACCAGUGUCCUGGCCCUCCCCCUCAUCCCUCUGGGACUGUCCCCACCCUUCAAAUGAGCUCUGCCUGUCAGCCACCCAGCCCAGGAAGAGCAGAGCAUCAAGCAACCUCCCUCUAGCCUGUUUGAGAGAAGCUAGAAGCCCUUGCUUGUGUACUUGCUUUCCUUGGGUCCCUGUGGGCAUCUUGACUAGGUGGGGAGAUUGGCAAGAUGGAUAGUGCCAGCCAGAGGUGAGGAGGAAGAGUGGACAGAGCUGGCUUCUCCCAUUUUCCAUGGCAGACUCCAGGGAGCAAUGACUUCCCUUUCACUCUGGCCAGUUGGCCCAGCUGGUCCACAUCCCCACCCAGACCCAUCUCUAGGCUGAUACCCAAAGAGCCAGGCAGCAGGGCUUGGGUAGGUGGACGUUUGACCCUGCCUCCCGCCUGUACCUCCACAGCCAGUGCAGCCUUGAGUGCUCCUGGGCCUGCGAAACUUCUGCUCCUGCCUAUAGAUUCAUGCUGGGAGAAGAUUCCCUCACCCCUUUUCUUGCCCUCCUCUGCACGCAGCAAUUCCUUUAGCCCCACCUGUCUUCCCUUCUCUGUCUUGUCUCCCUGUCUGGUCAGGAACCUAUUUGCAAGUGAAGCAAUAUUUCCAUGUUUUGUAUAUAUAACUGCUCUUGUAGACUUUGGUUUUUGUUAUUGUAGAGAAACACAGAUUCUUUAUACCCUUUGUAAGAUUUAUGCCAAACCCCAGCUCUUGAUCUCUUAUUUUCCCUGUGGCCCCUGCACUGUUGCCCAUUACUAAAAUGUAUAAGCCAA